AGAGCUAUUGUAUCUGUUGCACAUAUAAUAACAUUAACAGAAACUCGGAACAUUUAGACAAAUAUAAAUAUGAAAUAUUGUAAGACUGUCCACAGUCUCAGAACAUUUAUCUUGAUUAUCCUUCUGCUACAAGGUAAGACUCAUGGAGAGCCACAUUGCUCCAAAUUUCACUAUGAAGAACAAACUUUAAAGAAAAUAAUUCAUUUGGAGUUCCAAAUGGAAAGACUUAAGUCGGAAAUGGAGAACACACAGAAGCGUACUAUGGAUAUGUUAAACGAACUGGAAAACUUCAAAGAAACGCUCUCAACUGAGUUCAAUGGCAUAAAAGAACAAAACAGACUGGACUUAGAAAACCGAUCUGAAGAUUUUAGAAUCUUAAAAGAUUCAGUUUCUAUCCCAGUUAUUGCAUUCCAAUCAAGGAAUCCAUCUACAAUCAAUCCAAAGUCUGGAGACAAGAUCGUUUUCACAGUUACACUGCACGAUUCAGCGAAUUCUUACGACAACAAAACUGGGAUAUUCACGGCUCCUGUCUCUGGAACUUAUUUGUUCAAUGUUCAGCUUUGCUUAGCAAGCGGUACUAAAUAUAUUCAUUAUGCGAUAUAUGUUGAAUCUACAGCCGUAACUAACACACUUCUAUAUGACUCUUCACAGCGAUUUUGCAACAGUGCCACUGCUAUCGUUUACCUUCGAAAAGAUGACGGCGUGUAUACGAAAGCGAUCUCUACUAAUGGUAAUGCAUUGCGAGAAGCAGGUUAUGAGUGGAACAUGUUUAGUGGAGUUUUGUUAAACAACAAAUGAGCCGCGCCAUGA